GAAAAGCAAAUUCCAAGUUGCCCACUUGCAAAAUCAAUCUUUCCAUACACAAAUAAAAGAAAGCCCCAUACGGUUCCUUCCUCUCUUCAAAGUUGCCUUUAUAUCAUCCAACUCAAGAAAACAACAACCAAAAGAGAGAGAAAGAGAGAGUAAAGAAACAAAAAAAAUCAAGAUCAGAGAGACAGAGAUGACGCAGAUGCUUUCCGUACUCCGUCGUAACCUUCAAAACCUUCGUAAGAGCCCUCGCGUAGCUGACGAGACUGACUUGCAGCCGUCCACUGCAGGCUCAGGGCAGGGAGUAGUAGCUCAUGGAAGACGAGAAGGUUUUAAUGCUGUGAUCAUGCGGUUCCCGUUCUCGAUCAUCUCUUGCUUCGCGGUACCAAGUGUUAGCGGGACUGAUGGACUGUGGAUGUCCGGAGAUUACGGUAGUGUCUCGGAGGUUAACCAUCUUAUGGUUAGUGAUGGCAUGAGAUACGCCAUUUUAAUGUAAUUAAUCAAAAUAUAUAGUUUAUUUUUCCUUCUUUUCAUAUAUUUACAAUACAAUUAAUUAUCUUCUCAGUCUUACUUGUGUAUAGUGUGUUAAAUCUACGAGAUGUAGAACAAGUUUUGUUCUUGUAUAGAUAUAUAGAUGAAGAUUUUUGUAUUUGUAGCAUGCUUCUAGCUUUCUUUUUUUAUUUUCUGAUUCCACGUGUUCUUGCCAACUCCUUUUUUUUUCUGCUCUCUUUAAUUCAAUCAUAAUUUCGACCCCAUUUUCUCCUUA